AUGAGUCUUGAAUCUGUCUCCCAUGUUCCUUCAGAUGAUGUAUUUGCUUUCGCCUUGUCUAAGACGCUCACAAAAGUGUCUUCCCCUGCCACAGUGGGACUCUACUCUUCAUGUGAGAACAGAAUUCACUCCAUUCUCCAACAGAUGGAAGUCUUCAUGAAUAAUGAAGCCCAGAGGAUUGAACAAGAAUACAGAGGAGGGUCUCGGCCUCGCUCCCUCAAAGCGUCACUCACAGGGUUUGUGGCCCUGGUCUGCAGGAUGCUGUUCUACAGGCCGGUUUGGACCGUGGAGAACCAGAACUACUCCAAUGUUCGGUUCACGUAUGUGGAUUUCAGUGCCUGGCACUUUGCUGGCAGCGAUCUGCUGUGGGCUGCUCUGGCUAUUCGCUUGUUUCAGACCAUGCAGGUCAGCUUCGGCAAACUACAAGUCGUUUUGUACCGCGUCGCUCAGUAUGAUGAAGAGGACGAAGUCAAAAAGAAGAUUGUGACAGAUGGUCCAAGCAGUUGGAGGUCCAAGAAGAUUUGCUGCUGCCCUCUGUGGUGCCUCGCUCUCAUCUGCCUCGUGGUUCCGGUCAUCGUCCUUGUAGUUCUGUUGACAGUUGAACUGCCCAAGCAUCAGGUGAAUCCUGAUGACAAAGCUGAUGGUAAAACAGGCACCGUGAGUUUCCUGGAAGGUCUCUUCAUCGCGGCACUGGGCGUCCCUGCUGCCAGCGCUGUGCGGUUUGCCAUCCGAAUGGGCAAGAAUCUCAUCUUCACCCAGGAUCUAAACAUCAAAAAGGGAAUGGACAACGAGCGGGUCAGUAAGAAGUUGGGCUUCAUGAACGAAGUGAGAAAGGAAAUGUGGCUCCUCACACGUUUCAUUGAGUUCAUGGAAAUAUUUGAGCGGAGAAAAAUACGAGUGGUGCUGAGGAUCACCGACCUAGAUCGAUGCUCUCCUCAUAAAAUCGUCGCUGUGCUGGAGGCCAUCAACAUCCUGCUGUCAGACGAGGACAGUCCAUUCAUUUCCAUUCUGGCCGUCAAUCCAGAUGUUCUCGUGGAGAAGGUGAACUUUGCAGAUGGCUGCUUCAGCAGAGAGGACCGAGCGUACGCGCUGCUGAACCGGAUUGUCACUCUGGCCUUCACCAUCCCACCGCUCUCUGAUCAUUCAAAACACGGCAUGUUCUGCAGCUUGACAAACAACUGCGAAAUCACAGAGGACACGGGAGGAAGUGCGCAAAGAACUCGGAGGCUGAAAAAGGACGUUUCUGUAGUGGAAAUCGUCUUAGACUCUAAAGACUCUAAACCACUCAUAGAUCCCGCUCUUGUUAAAUUGAACAUAACAGAGGAGGAACUAGAUAUUCUCCUCAAAGGCAUCAUGAACGACAGCGAGCGGCUGAGCCAGUACAUGCUCGAUGACACGAUGUCAAUGAGGAGGGUGAUCAACUCCAUUCAAGUCACUGUGAUCAUUAUGAAGGCCCUGAAAACUGAGCUCCCUAAACCGGAACUCAUUGCCGCGUGGGUGGUCUUAGCCAAUUACUGGCCGUGUCGACUCAGCUGGGUUCUUCAGUGUAUAGAAGACAGUCAACAGAGAGCAGACAUCGAUGGCGACACGUCGGCCCUCAGGGACGAUUCCAAGACCUUAUGGCAAGUCUUUGCAGAGUCAAAAGCCGAGCUCUAUGUGAUCAGCGCCGAGAUUGAAGAACUCCUGGAGAUGGAUGAAGACCCGGAGAUGUUUGAAAAGUUCCUCAGAGUGGAUUUCCAGUUCACAGUAAGAGAUUUAGAAACGUUUGAAGUCGCAACUGUCAAUCUGAACCGCUCAAUAAAGAGGGAGUUGGCUCAGAUCCGAGGGACUUCAAGGCUGAAAGACUCAGGAUGGAUGAGAAACCUGGCUCCGCUACCAGUCACAAGGGUCGUCAAUAUGAGCGCAGAGGACGUUGGCAAGGAGUUGCAGAGGCUGGAUUUUGCCACUAAGUAUAUUGACAUUGUUAAAGCCAAUGACCUGAAGGGUGCAGCACUGCUGUUUGGCAACAUUGAAGACCUUAAAGAACUUCUUGAUAUGAACUUUGGCGAGUGGACAACAUUUCGACUGCACUUCCUGGGUUUGCCACCACAUCUUCAGCCUCAGCACAAGAACAUUCAGAUCCCCAAAUCUUCAUUUAAGAGCCACCCCGGACAUCUCCAGCACAUAUCCAGUCGGUAUUCUUCAAACCCCAGUUCGCUUCACAGCUCAACAUGA